GAUGGCGUCCGAGGAGACACCACUACUUCGUCAAGCUGAAGAACAAACUCUCUUCGACCAUGACAAGAUCUACGACCGGUUUUCGCCCUCGCGAAAGCGUGUUAUCGUGGCGGUCACAGCCCUGACGGGGACCUUUCCCAUGUUUGCGUCUGGGUCGUUCAUUCCCCUGAUACCUCAGAUCGCACAAGACCUGUAUUCUACGGGUGAGGUCGUCAGUUUGGCCGUGAGCUUGUCAAUCCUCGCCAAUGCGAUAGGCAGCCUGACAUGGGCGGCCUACUCCGGGUUCUAUGGCAGAAAGCAGGUUAUCUUGUGGUCCAUGGCGAUAUUGGCCCUCGGGUCGUUUGGUGCAGGAGCGGCGCGCAGCGUUCCCGAGCUCCUCGUCUGGCGCAUCAUACAGGCCAUCGGCGCUUCGAGUGGCCUCUCCGUCGGUAUCGGCGUCCUAGCGGACAUCUACAGGCUGGAGGAGCGUGGCCGCGCGUCCGGCGUUUUCUUCGGCGCCAUUUUGUUCGGCAUGUCCGUUGCUCCUGCAAUCGGCGGCGUGACCGCGCACUACUAUUCCUGGAGGACGACGCAAUAUGGGCUCUGCGUUGCCGCGAUCGCCUCCUUCCUUCUGACGCUUUUCUUCCAGCCCGAGACUGCCUGGCCUGGUGCCCGUGGCGUCGACAAGCUCAUUGAGAAGGAAGGAAAGUCGCGGUGGGUCUGGUUAAAUCCAUUCGGCAGCAUCGGACUUCUACGGAGCCUCAAUGUAUCCUUGAUAUCCCUCUCGCAGGGACUCGUAGUGUUGACCGAUUAUGUCCUGCUUGUUCCCAUCGCCUACACAUUGGCUGCCAAGUACCAUAUCACGAAUGAAGCCAUCAUCGGCGCACUCUGUAUCCCGGUGGGCAUCGGCAACAUCAUCGGCUCGACCUACGCUGGGCGCCUCUCGGAUCAUAUGGUCAUCUCCUGGCGCAAGCGGCGCGGCGGCGUGUGGGUGCCCGAGGACCGCCUGCGCGCGACGACGUUCGGCGGGCUCGUGCUCGCGCCGCUGUCGAUCAUCGGCUCGGGCGUCAUCACCCAGUUCUGCGACGACAGCGUCACGAUGAUGGUCCUCAACUUCUUCUGCUUGUUUGUAAACGGCCUUGGUGUCUCGAUUGUGUUCAACCCCGGCAACGCGUAUCUCGUCGAUAUCCUGCACUCGCGCAGUGCCGAGGUUACCGCUGCGAACAUGGCGUGCCGCAACCUUGUCGUCGCCGCCACAGUCGGGUUCAUUCUGCCCUCUGUCAACACCUUCGGCAUCUUCGUCACUUUCACAGGCACCGCCGUCAUCUCAUGGAUAGGCUAUGGAUUAACGCUUGCUGUCCUACACUACGGAGGGCACAUGCGAGCAUGGCUCGACCUCGGCUUCUCGACCGCUAAGACGAACUAAAAGAUAAAGACUUAUUGUAUCUCAAGAUUCACCCGCACCGGAGGUCCUUUACGACUUCAUGACUUCAUGCUCCCGUAACAGAGACGAUGUAAAACACUUCUUUGGGCGACAAUGGGUGGGAUAGAUAACCAUAGAAUGUGUCAGAUGUGAUUCAGGGGUACAGUGGCUACAACAAAGAUUCCUAGAUCAACCGGUAUGCAUAGACAGUUCGAGACUACAGCAGCAAGGAAAUGCAGAUAAGAGUACAGUGGGGUGUGAUAGAUGUGCACGCAAGUUAUUGGCAACAACAGGACAAUGAUGGACAGGGCGGACAGGGUAUACAGAUACGGGGAGAUUAGAUUGCAGUGGAGGCAGCGGUGUUAACGAAACGGGGGUAUUCAAACGCAUCGGGGUCCAGCUCGUCGCGCAGGCGCUGCAUCUCAACGCGCGAGUUCGGGCGGAGCCGGCCUUCCUCAUCGAAGUCGAACGACUUCAGGCCCUCAAUCGCGGAGUCGAAGCCGUCGUGGAAGUCGCUGAAGUCGAGGCUCGUGUAGCGCUCGGCGCCGCACGCCGGGAAGGGCGGGAGGGCGAGCUCGGAGGGCAGGGCGUCUCCGGAGACGACGCCUUGCUCGAGCUCAGCCCAGUUGACUCUCCAGAAGAACGAGUGGCGCUUGAUUUGUGCGAUGGUAGGCCUCGCGAGGGGCUGCUGGUUCAACAUAGCGCGAAGCAGGUGGCGCAGAUGCGGGUCGGGCAUGCGCGUCUGCAGGGGCAGUAGCACAUUCCGGAGGAACACCGGUCGCUUCGUCUCCGUAUCGUAGCGGACGAGGUGCUUCUUUUGGUUGGUGGCCAUCUCGAGCACGACGACCGCGAGAGACCAGAUGUCGGCUGGGGAGCUGUAGCUGCGUUCGUGGAGCGGAAUCUGUGGAUCUUCAGAGUCGUACACCUCAGGUGCGAGGUAGCCGAAAGUCCCCACCGCGCCGCGCAGCAUCAUGUCCUCGAGCGGAAGAGGGCAGUGGAUCGCCAGCCCGAAGUCUGCGAUGGCGAGGUGACCGUCGGUACCGAUGAGGAUGUUCUCAGGCUUCAGGUCGCGAUGGACGAUCCUGGUGUCGUGGAGACUGGAGAGCCCAAGGACGAGUUCAGCAGCGUACAACCUGACCUCCUCGAUUGUCAACCUCCGGCGUUCUAACAAGUCAUAGAGCGUCUCAGGGUAUAAGGGCAUGACGAAGUGCACGUUUUGCUCGUCGGCGAACGACUCGAGGAGCGGGACGAGAAAACGCGAGCGCGUGGCAGUCACGAGCUCCAUGAUUUUCUUUUCGCGUACGAGGCCCGAGCGGCCGACCUCAUCCCGGUACUGUUUGUCCUUGUGAACGACCUUGAUAGC